CCCUCUUUUCUCUUUCCGUCGUUAUAAAAAAGAUGGCGUCGGUGCAAAAAACCGAGACGGUUGCGUUUGUUUGAACACAUGAAAGCGUGCCUAGGAAAGGUAGAAUAACGGAAAAUCAUUCUCAACCUUAGAUAAAUCAUCAAAACACAACCAGAUAUGAAAUGAUAAAUAAUCGCCGUUAAGUUUUUCCUGCGCUCGAGGGCCUACAUUCGGGCCUGGUUUGUUGAUGGAGCGGACGCCAUCGGUGAAAAAAAAACUCGAUUUCCCAGCAGCACUUUCGACAGGUGACGUCAGUAACACGCUUUAUUAUUUGCCGUGGACUUGGUUACUGUAGUAAAUUUUUUGGAUUUUUUUUUAGUUAUUAUUAUUAUUAAUAAUUAUGAUUUAAAUCUUGGACUUUUUUAUUUUUUUAAAUCCCAAUCUCAGCAUCAUGUGCAGCUCUUUUUUUAAGCUGCUCAUAAAAGGCUUUUGCUAAAAAAAAAAAAAGAGGGAUUAGAUUAGAAGAGGGUGCAGUGUGUGUGUGUGUGUGUGCGUGUGUGUGUGUGUGUGUGUGUGCGUGUGUGUGUGUGUAGGGUGUUUUAAAACCAACAUGGCCACCCAGGCAGAACAGGAAGAAACCCCCCCCAGAAGCUGUACAGAGGCAUCGUGUCCGUCACCCGAGUCGUCUCUGUCAUGGUGCCUGGUCCAGCUGAACAGAACCAGCCCCAGAGCGGACGCCCUGACCGGGCCCGACCCCAGACCCUCCAGAGAGGCUGAUAAGCGUCUGCGCGCGGGCCAGUGGAGGGCUCUGGUGGCGAUCCGCACCCACCACAUUAAAGGAGGAAGCAGCAGGAUCGGGCGGUACCAGGCGCAGGGCGGGUUGCCCCCCCUACUGGCCAUCCUGCGCAGACCAGAGAGCUCCAGGAAGAUCCUGGACCUGACCCUCAGCAUCCUGGCCAACUGCUGCACGGAGAAGGAGACGCGAGCCGAGGUGCGGAGGCUGGACGGAGUUUCUCUCGUAGUGGAGGUCCUGAAGAGGCACGCGUCAGUGGAGACGGUGGAGAACCGAGCAGCUCGUGCGUUGGGGAACCUCGCCAUGGACCCCGAGGGCUCGGCGCAGAUUCACUCUGCAGGUGGUGUUCCUCCUCUCCUCCUGUGCCUGUCCCUGUCCAGCUCUCCAUCGUCUCCAUCCUCUCCCUCCGUCGUCCCUCCUCCUCCUCCGACUGCGUCGUCCUCCAUGCUUGAGCGCGCUCAGUCAGCCGCCCGCGCUCUCUUCUACCUCUCCGACUCGCCCUCCAACCGUCUCUCUCUGCUCUCCCAGGGUGCCCUGCCCGCGCUGGCGCUCUUUCUCGCCCCCGAGUACCCCCUGGGCCUGAGGCGGGCGUGUCUCCGCGCUCUCCAUGAGCUGACGCGUGGCUGCGGCGCCGAGUGCGCCCGAGAGGUGUCUGUCUCCGGGGUGCUGUCUCAGCUCGGCCCGCUGGCGUCAGGAGACGGAGGCGGGGCUCUGGAGGAGCUAGCGCUAAAGACGCUGGCUAAUCUGUGCUCUCAGGGCUGCCUGCGCCCCCUGGUGGGCUCGCUGGGCGUCAUUCCGAAGUUCACAGAGGAAGCGAAAAAGGAUCCGUUAAAAUCCAGCGUGCUGUUCAAGGCUCUGUGUUUGUGCUGCAAAGAGGCGGUGAACCGCGUGAAGGUGAAGGAGAGCGGCGGACUGGAGGUGCUGAUCGGCUUCCUGUCGGCCUAUCAGAACCAUCCUUUGACGCGAUUGGCCAUCUUGGCGUGUGUGGACUUCGUCUACGAUGAGGUGGCUCUGGAGCAGCUGCAGGAGCUCGGCCUGGUCCCGCUGCUGGUCGCUCGCCUCGUCGACCUCGCCCGAGGAGAUGACGCCAAGAUGGACGCCGGCCUCUCAGCGAGCUCUCAGUGCUCCGAGCUCAGCUCCUGUUUCGACUCGUUUGACUUUCCUCCUCCUGAGGGGAGCAGAAAGGAGGAGGCGGGGAAAGAGCAGGGUUCCUCCAGCUUCCUCAGCCUCAGGUCCUGGCUGCUCUCUGAGGGUUUCAUCUCUUCAGAAGUGGAGCUGAUGAGGUCACCCUGGGGUUCAGAAGGAGAUUCAGGUUCUCCUUAUUCCUCCUACUCUCCUUCCUCCUCUUCCUCUUGUUCCUCUUCACCUUCUCCUCUCGCUCCUGCUGAUGUUUCUUCAUCACCAGCUCAGCCGAAGCCCGUCUCCUCUCCAUCCGCUCGGCCCAAACCCUGCCGUCUAUCUGUCUCUGCGUCUCCCUGUCCGCUGCCGGCGACCUGCACCUCCACCCCGCAGCCCAAACCUCCCGUUUCUCCCUGUAAGGUCUCGUCCCCUCCGAGGAAGCGAGCUCGCACGUCGUCUCUGUCCUCCUCCUCCUCCUCUCGUUUGAGCCUCGUCUCCUUGGAGGCCCCUCCGGCGAUACCGAAGACGCCCGUGUACCAGCACCCGUACCACCCCGAGCCGUGGGCGCCGGAGUCUCCCAUCCUGCUGCUGCUCUCUCGCUUCUCCCACGCCACGGACCCGAGCGGCGCUCUCAUCACCGCACCCGUGUUCUCCGCCCUGCUCUACUACCUGACGCAGCACAGCGAGCCGAGCGGACGCUGCUGCCGCAUGCUGGUCAGGAUCAGCUGCAACCUGAACUGCCUGCAGCCGCUGGUCCGGACCGGAGCCGUCGCUCUCAUCAGACACCGUCUCUGUCUCCGGGAACAGAACCGAACGGGGGAGAAGGAGAGACAGUCAGACAGAGUGAAGGCUAAAAUCAGACAGCUAGGUCAGGGGCUGCUGAACAACCUGCGCGUCCAGAGCGAGACAGGAUUCGGUUCUGGAGUUCUCACCCACAUGGUGCUAUCGGGUUCGGAGAGCGAUAAACUCCACUGCGUCCUCUCUCUGCCGCUGAUAACCAGUAACAGAGUCCUUUUGAAGAAGCUGCUUUUGGACAGCGGAGGUCUGAUCUCGGCUCUCGAACCUCUCGUCUGUCUGGACGGCGCCGAGGACGAAGACGACGGUGCUGAUAAAUGCAGAACGUUCCUCUCCGCUUGGAUCUGUCCACCUGAACAGGCGUGCGCUUCCAGGUAUCACUCGCUGUAUGCAUCUCUCCUGAUUGGCUGCCUGUCUAGUCUCCUGGCGGGGUCAAAAGUCGAGCCUGACAGGCGAGAGAGUCCCGGUGCGUCGGAAGAUCAGCAGCAGGAUUCUCCGGAGUCUUCUUCCUGUCCAUGUCCUUACCUAACAUCCAGCCAUGACCUGAACUUCCUGUUGGACGAUGGGAGUCUGCUUCCGGCCAGUCGGGGGGUGGUUUCCGGGGAGGUGGGCGUGGCUGAGGUGGAGUCGGAGUAUUUCCGUGCGUUACUGAGAGGCAGGUUUGAUGAAGCGCAGAGCUCCAGCGGAGACGCCGUUCAUAUCCGGGACGUGAGCCGGGGAAUGCUGCUGCCUGUGCUUCAUUAUCUUCAUGGCUGCAGGAUGACCGGAAAUGGAGACGGAGCUGGACGCUGCCUCGUCUUGUCCUCGCUGCUCUCCGGAGGUCUGAUGCGACACGCGGUGUUUCACAAGACGCCUCUCGCUGAAGUGAUGAUGGGAGCCAAUCGCUUUUUGGUUCCCGGAUUACAGAGGACAGCCGAGGAUCUGUGUGUGUCCGUGCUGUCCUCUCUGGCGUCCGAGGUUGACCUCUCAAAACCUCUCAGUGCUCAGAAACGCCAUCGCGCUCCGAACACCGUGGACGAGGACGGCGAGGACGGCACUCUGCGCUCCGUCCUGCCUCAGGCCUACUGGUUCUCCCAGCGCUACUCCUACUCCCGACUCGGAUUGUCCUGCUUGUCCAUCCUGCUGCGUCCUCAGCUGCCUCCAUCCGUCUCCUCCGACUGUCUCCUUCGUCUGGUCCGGCAGGCAGACAGCACCGAGAGCCUGCGCCGGGACCUGCUCAGUCUCGCCGCCGCGGCGCUGAGCUAACGCCACCGUCGGGAAUUUUCACUCAGACUUCAGUCUGUUCAAGGCGGAAAGGUGGAGUGACAUUCCGACUUUCUUUCCAUGUUUCUGUAUUAUAAAUGCACCGGACCUUUUCUCCGACUUCACACGAACAGAGGGAUUUUUUUUUCUUGAUUCUAUACUAGGACACAUAAAGUCUCUUCACACUGAACAUGUUUUGUUCUUGUUUAUUUCUUUUUGGCACAAAUAAAGAGCACGAUGAGAUUGCUAAAUAAACAAAUCCGGUUCUGUUAAAACCUCUUAGAGAACACCGCCUUACUGCCGUGAUGCUUCUGUUCAUUUAUUAUUCCUCAGAUACAGAUAUCAGCCAAUCAGAUACAGACUUUUAGUCACAUGAUCGAUGGCUCGUGACAAUAACGAGAAGUGUUUAUUUAUUUUUUUUUAUAUUCUCCAUUUUGGCCUUCUGUCCGCACUAAAGCGACGUUUCUUUUACUACUAUAAACUCUUGAGCGUUGGAUAUAUAGGAAACGUUGACGUUUGUUGUCCUGUGAUUGGCUCCUGAUUGUCAUGUGAUCCAACUCCGACACACUGAAUUAAACUUUCAGGGAGUUAAUUUGGCUGUUCUGGUGAAUCAUUUGAAAUGAAAUCUUCCUCUUUGCUGAUAUGAUAGAUGGUGAAAUCUGCGUAGAUGGCAUCAGGUUCAGGUCGCGUGUACGUUCUGCGCGUGCUCAGUACAGCAUCAGACCUGCUGACCUUCACGCAGUUGGUGUAGGAGCUCGGAAUUUUAACGUAGCUACGAAUUAUCACUCAAAAGUUUACCACUCUUCUUUUUCCCCAUCCAAUAAAAACAUCAGAUCAGCAUAUGAAUCUGGAACGAUUGAUAGCUGUAUAUUAACUGAACCCCUGCGAAGCCCCGCCCCCUUUCUUCCAUCUUAGAUUAUUAAUGUUUAGUUAGUUAGUGAGUAAUGCGACGUCUUCGCUUUCCGUCGCCGUAAACGGAGAAUGUUUCGAGUUCGUUAAUCGGUGAAUCAGUAAUACAGUGUGGAGGACGAACCUUUAUGUGAAAUAUAAAAGCAUGCAGACGUGUCGUUGUGGGCGUGGCCUUAGUGGCAGAAUCAGAAUCAGAAUCAGAUUUACCUUCAUUUCAGCCGUCGAAUGAAUUUAAUUUAAUAAACGAUAAGAACAAAUGUAAGGUUAAGCGUAAGUUCACGGCUCGGUGUUCAGGAUCUGAUCAUUUUUCCGUUGUUUUUUUUUUUUUCUUUUUCUUUUCUUUUCUUUUUUUUUUUUUUUUUUUUUUUUUUAAAUAUUUUCUUUGUUUUUUCCUUUCAGGGAUGUUGCAAAAUUUUUUGUUCCUGUACAAGGUGGCUUUGCUCGUCUUUUGUCAGUUUUUUUCUUUCAAAAUUCCAUCUUUCCAUCAUUCCGUCUUUCUUAUUUAUUUGCCGAAGCGAUGGACGGCGGACUCGGCUUUACUGAACUCCGUCACUUGUGAAGAAACCGUUCUGUUUUUGACGUUUAUUCUCAUCGUCUCCAGUGUGAUUAAUCCUGAAGAAGGGAAGCAUUAGAGAAUUAUUUCAGGACCAGUGCUGAGAACAGGUGGAACGAAAGAAACGAUUAUAUAUUAUAUACAUUUCUUCUUGUGCAUUACGUUCAUGAAGUGACAUCAGAUAUUUUUGUUUGAAUUUAUUUUUUUUUUAGUAUUAAUUCUGUGGCUCUGUGUUUUUUUUGGGUUUUUUUUCGUUUUGUUUGUAAAAUGCGCCAUUCCUGGUUCAUUGUUUGUAUUAUUAUAAUUAUUAUUUUUUUAAUACCGUGUGUAUAGCGUAACAUUUCAGGAAUGAUUUCUCAUAUGGACUUGCUUUAUAUUAUAUAUUAUAUAUUGUAUAUUCUAUAUUAUGUACGUUAUCGAUGCUGCAUCGAAGAGCGACUUUAUUUCCGUACUCAUGUUGUUGUAAUAUAAAAUAUAUACGCAGAUGUAGCUUGUGCCGUUGUACAGUGUACGAUAAUGUCAGGGAUAGAGUAAAGUUUACGUUCUAUUUUUCAUUCCUUAAUUUUGUAAACACACACACACACACACACACAGAGUGUAUUCAGUGUCAUGAACAGAAUUAAAUUGGAUUUGUGAUCUCUACAGGCAGAAGAUAUCAGAGGCCAGUUUUCUUGUGAAAUAUGAAAAAUAAAAACACCUCUCCACUUUAA